AUGAAUAAUAGUCAUUUAAGAAAUAGCAGAUAAAACUAAAACAUUUAAAAUACUACAUUCCUCUAAUAAUAAAAUCCACAAUAUGGUUAUAAGUCUCCAACAGGUUUUGCAGUUAAACCUACCUAGACAUUUUUAGGAAAAGAGUAAAAUACCUAUAAAAACUUGGGACAAACAUAACUAUAAGCAGCUGUAUUGUAAAGGACCCCUUUAGAGUUAAAAAUUAAUUAAAGUAAUAACUAAAGAAAUCUUAGUCAUUAAUCGCCUAAUCAAAGAUAAAAUUCAAUUAAAUAAUAAUAAUAAUUUUUAUUAGUAAAAGAGAAAUCUUGUAACAAAGUACCAUAUAUGGUUUCUCGAGGGGAAAAACUUCAAUAAAAUGUAAGUAAAAAAUCCUAUCUCCCAAAUGAUUAAUAUUAGAAUAAUUAAAAUAAGGGAUUUUACUAAUAGAUAGAUUUAUUCAAUAAUUAAUAGUAAAAACUAUCAAUUUUUUUAUAACAUUAACCUUAAAAUAAUAAUUAAAAUCAUUAAUUAUUUUAAUAACCAAUAGAAUAAACUUAUCUAGACAAAAAUAAAAAAACAUAAAAUUUCAAUUCAGUUAAUUAAGUAGGAAAUAGGCAAUAAUAAUACAUUAGUGACAUAGAUAAUAAUUAAUAAGGUUCAAAAUAAUCAUACUCAAAUAAAUAAGACCAGAAUACAAAACAAGAUUAGAUGAAUACAAGAAAUUCGAGCACAAAUUAGAAGAUAAUAAAAGCAGAAUUCCAAAUAAAACCAAUACAAAAAAAUGAUGCUUAGGAUCUAAAAAGCCUAAAUUAAUAGAUUCCAUAACCCAAAAACUUAGGAAAACCUUAAAUUAAAUUCAUCUAAACAAAUCACCACCAAACCAAACUAGAAUAUUAACAUACUGAUAAUAAAGAUCUAAAAAAUCAUUAUAAUGAGAUACCAUAAUCCAAUAAAAUAGAAAAACCUUAAAACUUAAAAGAGGAAUCAAAACAAAAUUAUAUUUAAUAAGAAUAGUAACAAACUAAUAAUAAAGAUCUAAAAAAUGAUUAUAAUUAGAUAACAUAAACCAAUAAAAUAGAAAAACCUUAAAACUUAAACUUAAAUGAAGAACCAAAACAACAUAAAAUUUAAUAAGGAUAGUAACAAACUGAUAAUAAAGAUCUAAAAAAUCAUUAUAAUGAGAUACCAUAAUCCAAUAAAAAAGAAACAACUUAAAACUUAAACUUAAAUGAAGAACCAAAGCAAAAUAAAAUUUAAUAAGGAUAGUAACAAACUGAUAAUAAAGAUCUAAAAAAUCAUUAUAAUGAGAUACCAUAAUCCAAUAAAAAAGAAACAACUUAAAACUUAAACUUAAAUGAAGAACCAAAGCAAAAUAAAAUUUAAUAAGGAUAGUAACAAACUGAUAAUAAAGAUCUAAAAAAUCAUUAUAAUGAGAUACCAUAAUCCAAUAAAAAAGAAACAACUUAAAACUUAAACUUAAAUGAAGAACCAAAGCAAAAUAAAAUUUAAUAAGGAUAGUAACAAACUGAUAAUAAAGAUCUAAAAAAUCAUUAUAAUGAGAUACCAUAAUCCAAUAAAAAAGAAACAACUUAAAACUUAAACUUAAAUGAAGAACCAAAGCAAAAUAAAAUUUAAUAAGGAUAGUAACAAACUGAUAAUAAAGAUCUAAAAAAUCAUUAUAAUGAGAUACCAUAAUCCAAUAAAAAAGAAACAACUUAAAACUUAAACUUAAAUGAAGAACCAAAGCAAAAUAAAAUUUAAUAAGGAUAGUAACAAACUGAUAAUAAAGAUCUAAAAAAUCAUUAUAAUGAGAUACCAUAAUCCAAUAAAAAAGAAACAACUUAAAACUUAAACUUAAAUGAAGAACCAAAGCAAAAUAAAAUUUAAUAAGGAUAGUAACAAACUGAUAAUAAAGAUCUAAAAAAUCAUUAUAAUGAGAUACCAUAAUCCAAUAAAAAAGAAACAACUUAAAACUUAAACUUAAAUGAAGAACCAAAGCAAAAUAAAAUUUAAUAAGGAUAGUAACAAACUGAUAAUAAAGAUCUAAAAAAUCAUUAUAAUGAGAUACCAUAAUCCAAUAAAAAAGAAACAACUUAAAACUUAAACUUAAAUGAAGAACCAAAGCAAAAUAAAAUUUAAUAAGGAUAGUAACAAACUGAUAAUAAAGAUCUAAAAAAUCAUUAUAAUGAGAUACCAUAAUCCAAUAAAAAAGAAACAACUUAAAACUUAAACUUAAAUGAAGAACCAAAGCAAAAUAAAAUUUAAUAAGAAUAGUAACAAAAUGAUAAUAAAGAUCUAAAAAAUCAUUAUAAUGAGAUACCAUAAUCCAAUAAAAAAGAAAAACCUUAAAACUUAAACUUAAAUGAAGAACCAAAGCAAAAUAAAAUUUAAUAAGGAUAGUAACAAACUGAUAAUAAAGAUCUAAAAAAUCAUUAUAAUGAGAUACCAUAAUCCAAUAAAAAAGAAACAACUUAAAACUUAAACUUAAAUGAAGAACCAAAGCAAAAUAAAAUUUAAUAAGAAUAGUAACAAAAUGAUAAUAAAGAUCUAAAAAAUCAUUAUAAUGAGAUACCAUAAACCAAUAAAAUAGAAAAACCUUAAAACUUAAAAGAGGAAUCAAAACAAAAUUAUAUUUAAUAAGAAUAGUAACAAACUAAUAAUAAAGAUCUAAAAAAUGAUUAUAAUGAGAUACCAUAAUCCAAUAAAAAAGAAAGUACUAAUAAACACAUUGAAAAAUUCAAUAAAUAACCAAACCAGGUUACAUCCAAAAACACAAAAUCUCCAAUAGCAUUACUACUAGGCACUCCUGGAGUCGGUAAGACCUUUUUAAUGAAAACUCUAUUUAAUAGGAAUAUUAUUAAUGAAUAUCAAUUAUACAAAUUACAACUAGACGAUACUCUGAGUUAUAAUUUUGUUGAUACUUAAGGAUUUAAUUUUGAAGAAGAUAUUGAUGUCAGAGAAGCACAAAUUAACUAGUAUUAAAAACUAUUUAAUGAUAAUAAAGAUUAAGUAUGUUCUAUUUUUAUUGUUGUCAAUUUUGAAAGAACUGAUCUGAUGAAAAAAAAUAUUAUAUCAAUAUAUAAGUUCUUCAGAAAAUUUUCAUCAUUAAUUAGUAUCAUUGUGACUGAAUUCUAACUAAGUGAUGAUAAAGAUCAAGAUGAAGCUGAUUUGACAGCAAAAUUAAAAAUUUUUAAGCCUAGAGAUAUAAUUUUUGUAGAAAGAGGAAUUAGAAAAGCAGAUUUAAUUAAAAAAAUGAAAGAGAAGUCUUUAAAUUAGAUUGAAUCUGAUUUUAAAUUUGAUAUAACGGAUACUAUUUUUGAGUAAGCAGAUUAAGAGGAGGUUAAAUAAAUAUUUGAUUAACUUAAACAAAGAUUAAAAUGA